AUGGAGGCAAAGCAGAGCAACCAGAACUUCAAAUUGGAGAACCUGUUCAAUGUGAAGGGCAAAGUGGCCCUCAUCACCGGCGGCGGCUCCGGAAUCGGCCUCAUGGCCGCCCAAGCCCUCGCAGUAAAUGGCGCAAAAGUCUACAUAACUGGCCGCACUUCCGAAAAGCUCUCCACAGUAACAGACCUCUACAAUAAAGGCAUCCCCGGCGAAAUCAUCCCCAUCACAGCCGACAUUACAGACAAGGAUUCAAUCGACAAGCUAGUCCAAACAAUUUCCGAGCGCGAAAAAUACCUCUCAAUCCUAAUCAACAACGCCGGAAUCUCCAGCCACCCCCAAAACACCGAACAUGAAGAUCCACAGGAACUUCGCAAGUCCCUUUUCGAAGAAGCAGCCGCUAAUGUCGAAGAAUGGGACUCUGUCUUCCGAACAAACACAUCUCAGCUCUUUUUCAUGACAACCGCUUUCCUGCCCCUGCUUUCGCGGGGCUCGGAGGUUGAACAUGGUUGGUCGAGCACUGUGAUCAAUAUUACGUCCAUAUCGGGCAUCGUCAAAGUUUCGCAACACCAUUUCGCGUACAAUGCCUCUAAGGCAGCGGCUAUUCAUUUGACCAAGAUGCUGGCGCACGAGACUAUGACUUCUAACCUGAAGAUUCGGGUUAAUAACAUUGCGCCGGGAGUUUUCCCUAGUGAGAUGACUACUAGUGAAAGUGAUGAGAAGCAGAAGAGUGCUAUUCCGAAAGAAAAGUAUGAAGAGAAGGUGCCGGCGGCAAGGGCCGGAAAAGAGGAAGAUAUGGGAAGUGCGGUGCUCUUUGCCGCGACGAAUCAGUAUUUGAAUGGGCAGACUGUUGUUGUCGAUGGAGGGUAUGUGUUGGCUGCGGGGACUGUCUAG